AUGGCUGGUCUGGUCAACAUUGCUGCUAAGAUAGGGGAGGGCCACUUCACUGAGGUUUACACGGGUCGGUUAUGUGAGCAACAGCAUGUUGUGAUAAAGCAGCUGAGGUCGAACCCGACCCUGCAGCGUCACCACAAACAACUGCAUGAGUCCCUAAUGUCUGGCUUUGAGGUACUGCUGAAGUUAAACGGGUCAAAUUUAUUUGUCAAUUUCCUGGGACUAACCCUUGGGCCUAGCACAGGCUUGCUGAUGAGUGGAACCGGCCUGUAUAGCAUGAAGGCAUUCCUGCGCAUGGACAGGACUGGGCCUCCCCAACUGACAUUUUUGCACCUGAUUGAUGUCUCGAUACACCUGGCAGAGGCCUUGCAAUACAUGGAACAGAAAAAUUGUUUCCAUGGAAACCUAACAUGUGAAAACCUUGUAGUGGAGAAGUUUGACCAUCGUGUGUUAGAGAUCAAGGUCACAGACCCAGGCCUCGUCUGCUUCUACCAGCAGCUUCCCUUAGAUCAUGAAGUCAACAUUAAAAGACUUCCGUGGUUGGACCCCAGUAUGUAUAAGCCUGGUGGCCUUAAAGAAGUGACGGCAAAGACCGAGGUGUGGGCUCUGGGCUCCACCCUCUGGCAGAUGUUUGAGGGCGGGGCCAGUCCGUGGGAGGCCAUUAACUCGAUGGGAGGGCCAAGGUCAAUUGACGCGGAUAUUAUACGGAAAGAAAACAGGAAAACUCCAUUCUCUAAUGAUAGACCUUCCUAUGAAUGGUACAAGAAGCUUAUGGAUAGAAACAAAGACAUUGUUGGCUUAAGGAAAGAAGUUUUGCUUGAAGCUUCAAGAAGCAGACUCACAAGUGAACGGUUUGAUAAAUGGUAUUCAAACUUCACAGAUUUCCUAGCUGAAAAGAUCUUCUCAACAAGCCCGAACGAAUAUGGAAUGCCGAUGAGACCGGUUUUCAAAUGGGAAGUAAAGCAGGAUAUAUAA